AUGUCUGAGGCGUAAAGGAAGUCAAAGAUCUCUGCAUCUCGCAGACUGGCUCUAAAGACCAAACUGCUGAAGAGGGCAGCUGUGCUGUUGGAGAAGGAGAAAGAGGAGAAGAAGCAGGAGAGAGAGACUACUUUGAGCGAGAGACUCCCGCCUCUCCAGCUGUCUGGUUUGUCUCUGCAGGACCUCCAGGCUCUGUGCAAAGAACUGCACCAUAAAAUUGACGUGGUAGAUGAAGACCGAUAUGACAUUGAAGCCAAGGUGGUCAAGAACAACAAAGAGAUUGAAAAUCUGUCUCAGAAGAUCUUUGAGCUGAAGGGAAAGAUGAAGAGACCUGCUCUCAAGAGGGUGAAGAUGUCUGCUGAUGCCAUGCUGGGAGCUCUGCUGGGAGCCAAGGUCAAAGAGUCUGUGGACUUCAAAGCCAACCUCAAGACUGUGAAGAAGGAGGAGGAGAAGAAAGAGGAGGUGACUGACUGGCGUAAGAACGUGGAGGCCAUGUCUGGUAUGGAGGGCAGGAAGAAGCUGUUUGAUGCUGGCCAGUAG